UACAGUCUUGUUUUACCGGAAAGUGACUAUAAGGAAGUACAUUGUUUUGACUAUCACGAUCAUCUAGAGUUGAAAUGGCGCAGAAAGACACUUAUCUGGUUAAGGACAAACUGUGCUGCUCCGUUUGUCUGGAUCUAUUAAAGGAUCCAGUCACUAUUCCCUGUGGACACAGUUACUGUUUGAGCUGUAUCAGAACCUACUGGGACGCAGAGGGUCACAAAGGAAACAGCUGUCCUCAGUGCAGACAGGCGUUUACACGGAGACCUGCUCUGGUGAAAAACACCCUGUUGGCAGAUUUAGUGGAGGAUCUGAAGAGGACUGGACUCCAGGCUGCUCCAGCUGCUCUCUGCUAUGCCACACAUCAAGACGUGGCCUGUGAUUCCUGCACUGGUAGGAAGCUGAAAGCCACCAAGUCCUGUCUCCAGUGUCUGGUGUCGUACUGUGACCAACACCUCCAGCCUCACUAUGAGUCUCCAGCCUUUGAGAAGCACCAGCUGGUCGACCCGUGUGAGAAGCUUCAGGAGAACAUCUGUACACGUCACCACGAGGUGAUGAAGGUUUUCUGCCGCACUGAUCAGCAGUGUAUCUGUUACCUCUGCUCCAUGGAUGAACAUAAAGGCCACGACACCGUCUCAGCUGCAGCUGAAGUAGCUGAGAAGCAGCGAGUGGUUCGUGCCGCUCGACAGAAGAUCCAUCAGAUAAUCCAGGACAUGGAGGAUGCCGUCAGGAAACUGCAGCAGAAAGUGGAGUCUAUCAACUGUUCUGCUGAUAAUGCAGUGAAGGACAGUGAGAAGAUCUUCACAGAUGUAAAGCAGCAGAUCAGGACUCGUCAGAAAUCUGAACUGGAUCGUGUCAGUGAGGUCCAGGAGAAGCUGGAGCAGGAGAUUGCUGAGCUGAGGAGAAACGACACCGAACUGGAGCAGCUCUCUCACACAAAGGAUCACAUUCAGUUGCUAAACUGCUCCACGGUGCUGUCACACAUUGGUGAUGCCAUGAUUUCAUGCAGCGAUGACAUGCUUCAUUUGAGGUACACUGAACCUGAAGAUGUGACAGCCGCCGUGUCCUCGGCCAGAAACAAGCUGCAGGACGUUCUCAGCAAGGAAACGGCCAAACCGUCACAAAGAGGGACUGAGUCUGUGCAAAAGACCAAAGAUGAGCUUUUACAAUAUUUAUGUGAAAUCACACUGGAUCACAAUACAGCACAUGUAUGUAUUUGUGUUGAUAGUAAGACAAAAGCACGCUAUUAUCAUCUUAACUGUGUUGGUCGUGUUCAUCCAGACAGAUUUACUGACUGGUAUCAGGUUUUGUGUAGAGAAAACCUGACUGGACGUUGUUACUGGGAGGUACAGUGGACAGGGCCAGAGGUUUUCAUAGCAGUUGCAUACAAGAGUAUGAGCAGAGCAGGAAGAGAAAGUGCCUUUGGGAACAAUGAUAAGUCUUGGGCAUUACAAUGUUUCCAUGAAGGUUAUGAAUUCAGGCACAACAGCAUUAGACAUCCAGUCAAAGGCCCUCAUUCCUCCACAAUAGGAGUGUUCCUGGAUCACAAGGCAGGUUAUCUGGCUUUUUACAGUGUGUCUGAAAUCAGAACUCUUCUCUAUGAACUCAAGACCCUAUUCACUCAGCCACUCUGUCCUGGAUUUGGAAUGUUUGACGACUAUGUUCACAUUAGUACAAUUUUAAACUCAAUAGACUGAAACAUAUAAAAUGUUAAAUAAUGAUUGUUGAACGCUUGUGAAAUAGCUGUGGUACACGAGUACAACUAGUUCCAGUUCACGUAAUCCUUUGUUCAUUACUGACAAACACUGGUCUAUUGUAAUAUGCUGAUUAUUGGAUCAACUUGGUUUUUAACUCCUCAGUUUGUGUUGUUGCCGUAACAUGUUUAAUUGUAUCUGUUGUGUAUUUGUGUAUUUUGUAUAUUCAACACAAACUAACUUAAAUUUUA